AUUGAAUGUAGCACAUUUUUAGUGGAUGUAGCACAUUUAAAGAGGUAUAUUGAUAUUUCGGGUAUCCACUGGAUACCCAUGGGUAAAGUAUUUUACCCAUACCCGACCUGAUGUAUUUCGGGUAUCCGACCCGAUAGGACCCACGGGUGAGUUUUUGUACCCGUAUCCAUAUCCGGUGGGUACGAAACCCGCGGGUAUCCAUACCCACGGGUCAAACAGCCAUCCCUAGUUAAACUUUAUAUUCUGUGCUCCUCGCCGGCAACCAAGAAACAAACAGAAACAGCGGUUACGUUUCAAUUCCCGCCUAGGGAUAAGACCACGCUUCUCUCCGUCUCCAUGGCAUGGCCAUCCACCGCAGCAAUCUCUCUAGACGCUUCAAGAUCUCAAGGAUCUGGCAUCAAUCGGAGCAAUAUCGCGCCAAAUCCUUCGCCUCCUCAUCUCCAACGAGCGAGACUACACCCCUCAAGGUCCUAACCGGGCUCCUGCGCGACGCCUAUUCGCUGAAAUGCCUCAGGGAGUUGCACGCGCAUCUCGCCGUCGCGGGUGCGAUCCAGGACACAUUCGUCGUCACAGGUCUUGUCGAAAGGUAUGUUUAUUUUGGGAAGGCCGCGUCUGCGGCGUUGCUAUUUGCCGAAACCUACCGCAGCCGCCCCGCUGUGUACUCACUGAAUCUCGCGGUCCGGUGCUUCUCGGACCAUGGCUUCCACCGGGAGCUUCUUCAUCUUUACCGGGAGCUAUGUUGCUUUGGCUCGGACAACUUCACCUUCCCUCCGGUCAUCAGGGCGUGCACAGCUGUCUCUUGCCUUCGGCUGGGGAGGGAGAUGCACUGCAGGGUUCUUCGUACAGGUCAUGGUGGCAAUGUUGGCGUGCAGACUGCGCUCCUUGACCUGUAUGCUAAGGCUGGCCAGAUUGAUGUGUCAAGGAGAGUCUUUGACUGCAUGGUGCUGAGGGACUUGAUUUCUUGGAAUGCUAUGGUCUCAGGGUACUCACUCAAUGAAUGCUUCCGAGAAGCUGUUGAGAUGUUGCAGGAGAUGCAGCAGGGUGGCAUGAGGCCGAAUGCAAGCACUUUUGUUGGCAUAGUUGGCAUGUGCGGAAGUGUCGGAGACAGGGAUGUUGGUGAUUCGCUGCAUGCAUUUGCACUGAAAGGUGGAGUGAUUAAUGACGAAUCUCUUACAUCCGCAUUAAUCACAAUGUAUGCUGCAUUUGAUGAUCUUUCCUCAUCUCGAAUGGUAUUCGAUCUGCAUCCUGUGAAAGAUUUGGUAUCUUUCAAUUCCAUGAUAUCAGCAUACAUGCAGCACCACAUUUGGAAGGAAGCUUUUGAGAUCUUUCGAUUGAUGCAUUGUGUAGCUGUACGGCCUAACCUGGUCACAGUGGUGUCUGUCCUUCCUUCUUGCAGUGAUUUCUUUGGUAUAAACCAUGGGGAGUCUGUGCACGGCAUGAUUAUCAAACUUGGCCUUGCAGAGCACGUUUCUGUUGCUAGCGCUCUUGUGUCCAUGUAUUCGAAGCUUGGGAAAUUGGACUCAUCGUUGCUCCUUUUCUGCUGUUGUACUGAGAAAAACAAUAUCUUGUGGAACUCUAUGAUUUCUGGAUACCUUGUGAAUAAUGAGUGGAACAUGGCUCUUGAUGCGUUCUGCAAAAUGCAAAUUGCAGGUGUUGCUCCAGAUGCUACAACUAUCAUGAAUGUAAUAUCUGGAUGUAGAUACACAAAAGAUUUACACAUGGCAAAGUCAAUACAUGCAUAUGCUGUUAGAAAUAAAUUUGAAUCAUAUCAUAGCGUUAUGAAUGCACUCCUAGCCAUGUACGCAGACUGCAGAGAUAUAUCAACAUCCCAUACAUUAUUCCAGAAAAUGGAAGUGCGGAUGUUGAUAUCUUGGAACACUAUGAUAUCUGGUUUUGCUGAAAUUGGAGAUUCAGAUACUUGUCUAAUAUUAUUCUGCCAGAUGUUCCACGAAGAAGUGCAAUUUGAUCUAGUUACUCUGAUUGGUCUUAUCAGUAGCUUUUCAGUACCCGGGGAUGCCAUAGUUGGAGAAUCAGUUCAUUCUUUAGCAAUCAAAAGUGGAUGUAAUUCAGAUGUUUCUCUUACUAAUGCCCUCAUUACCAUGUACGCCAACUGUGGUAUUGUUGAAGCAGGUCAGCAACUUUUUGACAGUUGCUGUUCUAGGAAUACAAUUACUUACAAUGCUUUGAUGAGUGGAUAUCGCAAAAACAACAUAUCUGCGAAGAUAUUGCCAUUGUUUUACCAAAUGGUCGAGAAUGACGAGAAACCGAACCUUGUAACCUUACUGAAUUUAUUGCCUGUUUGUCAGAGCCAGUUGCAGGGGAAGUGUAUACACAGCUAUGCAGUACGUAAUUUCACCAGGUUGGAAACACCCCUCUUCACAUCAGCCAUGGGUAUGUAUAGUAGGUUCAAUAAUAUAGAAUACUGCAGCAAAAUUUUCAGUUUGAUCGGUGCAAGAAACCUUAUAGUAUGGAAUGCCUUCUUAUCUGCAUGUGUUCAAUGCAAGCAAGCUGAUAUGGUAGUUGAUUGCUUUAAGCAUAUGCUCUUCCUUAAUGUCAGACCUGAUGCAGUAACUAUGCUGGCACUCAUCUCAGCAUGUUCACAACUUGGAAAUGCAUAUUUUGCUGCAUGUAUUAUGGCUGUCAUACUUCAGAAGGGCUUUAGCACGAAUAUUUUGGUUCUUAAUGCUCUUAUUGACACACAUUCGAGGUGCGGAAGCAUAUCACUUGCAAGGGAGCUCUUUGAUAGCUCAGUGGAGAAAGAUUCAGUCACUUGGGGUGCAAUGAUCAACGCAUACAGUAUGCAUGGGAAUGGUGAGGCUGCCCUUGAUCUUUUCUCAAUGAUGAUAGAUUCAGGAGUGGAUCCAGAUGAUAUAACUUUUGUUAGUAUAUUAUCGGCCUGCGCUCAUAAUGGACUCGUAGAGCAAGGAAGAACAUUGUUCAAAUCGCUACAGGCAGACUAUGGCAUUACACCGCGAAUGGAGCAUUAUGCAUGUAUGGUGGAUCUAUUGGGCCGAACUGGCCACUUGGAUGAAGCAUAUGAUGUUGUUAGGUCAAUGCCAUUCAGGCCAUCAGAUAACUUGCUUGAAUCAUUGCUUGGAGCAUGCAGAUUCCAUGGUAAUUAUAAAAUUGGCGAGUCUAUAGGAAAAUUACUCAUCAAAUCUGAGUAUGGCAAGUCAAGGUCUUAUGUUAUGCUCUCGAACAUAUAUGCUUCAGCUGGCAAAUGGAGUGAUUGCGAGCAGCUAAGAUUAGACAUGGAAGCAAAAGGAUUGCGGAAAAAUGUGGGGGUUAGCUCUAUUGGGAUGACAUAGCCCUGAUGCAACAAUGUUAUAGAGUUUUUCAGAAGUUUUUUCCCCCACACAUUACAGUUUCGGGAAAUGCCUUCAGAGUAAUUUGAACUUCAAAAGUAAUGCUUCUAUCUAGUUGACCUUUCUUACAGGGAGUCACUAGGGCAUUUUUUGUGCACAGGAAAACAUUCCAUUACUGUUCAACCCCAUAAUAUGUUGGAGUCGUUAACUGCACUAAAGUGAACUAUUUCUAUCUAUGCGCAACAAGGAGUGUUGCAUCUAAUAUCUACUACAAUUUCCAAGGAAGAGGCAGUUGAAUGUUUCUAGCAGACACCUGCAAUUCUGAAAUGUCAUUACUGUCUAGUUGUCAGUUAGUAUCAAAUUUGUUGAGCUGUGGCUUGAGAAGAUGCCAGACAAGAAGAUCGAAGGGGCUGAUUCAUCUCACAUUGUCUCUUCAACAAAAUCUUUGGAAAGUUCAGUAGGGCCUAAUCUAAUUGAAAGUACUGAUGGAGAUUAUUGUAAUAACCUUCACAAGACAGCAGUUGCCAAUUUUGUGGCAUCAAUGCUGCAAGAACAUCCUAUGAGCCUUAUAUUGGCUGAGAACAAAAGCAAUUUGCAAGAAAUUUCAGUUGAACAGAAGAUUCCUAUCUUUGUUUCUAUCAACCUUUCACCAAAAGUGGAUGGCAGUGAAUUGCCAUGCCCCAUUGAAGUUCAUGAUGGUAUUACAUCUUCCUCUAGCAAAACUAACGAACCAAUGGAAGCCCAAGAUUAUUCGAACACAAUGAAAUCAAACACAGCUAGUUGCAUGUUCGAGGCAUCAAAGCGGCAAGAAUGCCCUAUAAGCCUCAUAUUGGCAGACAAGAAAGGCAGUUUGCAAGAAGUUUCAGUUGAACAAAAUGUUCCUUGUGGUGAUUAUGUUGCCCUUUCACAAAAAGCAGACGGUAGUGAAUUGACAUCAACCCGUGAAGCUCCUGAAGGCUUUCUAACUUCCUCUAGCAAAGUUUAUGUAUUAAAGGAAGCCCAAGAUGGUUCUAUCACAACGGAAGCUUCUAAAGUAAAUGUUUGUGCAGCUUCACACUCCAUGCUUAGGUUAAUUGAAGGAGUCCAGGAUGAGGCUUCUUGUAUUGAUUCUGAUAAGGUUACUUGUGAAACACCACCUGCCAUCCUGAAAAAGUUGAAAGAAGAUAAGCCACUGGUCGUCCAUAGAUUUCAUAAGCACCAAAUGAGCCUAGGAGACACACAUCAAAAGGUGCCUGCACCUGUGAGCAGAUCAAACACCAGCAAAUACUUAAGAAUGGAUAAAAACAUUGUUGAUACUACGACUCCCAUUGAAUCAGUAAAGGCUGUUGCAUCAAAAUUUGGUGGCAGCAUGAACUGGAAAACUCGCAAGACACAGACAGCACAGGUGAGUGACCGUAUCGUACUUGAGCUUGAUAAGCUGAAGAACGAAAUUUCAGAAUGUAAACAUCAAGCAGAAGCUGCAGAGGCUGCAAAGUUAUCAGUAUUAAAAGAGCUGGAGAGAACAAAGAAGCUUAUCGACGAAAUGAAACACGUCCUGGAGAGGGAACAAGCUGAGGAGGUGGAUGCCAAGGAUGACUUGGAGUUAUUUCAAAUUAUAUUACAAGCGAUGGAGGGAGUUGACUGUAAUGAUAGUGUUGUGGUUAGAGAGAAGCUGAAUAAUAUUCAAGAACGACACAAAGCAUUGGAUGCCAAAGUGAUUUCAGUGAAAUAUGUGUUGGGAAAAGUGCAGGAGGAUUAUGAUUCUUUGUUGAUCGGAACUGAUAUUUCCAUUAACAAAGCUCAGGCAGCCUUCACAAUGUCCAAAGGUGCAGAGAAAGAAGUAGAGGAGCUCACCAUAGAGCUCCAAAGACUAAAGGAAGUGUUUGAUUUGGCUAACGCCAAAUUCCAGGACGUGGAAGAACGCAAGAACACGUUGAUGGCACGUGAUGAGGAUCGUCUUGCAUGGGAAGAGGAUCUCAGGCAAUCAGACAAAGAGCUGAAUCAGAUCAGCAUGGACCUUUGUUCUUUUCAAGAAUUGCAAUCAAAGCAUGAUACGUCAGCCACCAUGUUGCUCAAUCUGAAGAAUGAGGUAGCCAAUUAUUUGGAGGCAAAGCGAAUCGAGGAAGCACGAGAACAAGAAAGUGGAACUCAUAAACCCGUGCAAGAAGUCAUCAUUAUGUUAAAGAGCGAGCUCGUGGAGCAGAGGAAGAGCAUAGCGAGGGUGACGGAUGAAUUAUGUGUUCUGAAAGCCACAGCUGAAUUGCUAAAAUCGCAAUUGAAGAAAGAGAAAGCAGCACUUGCUGCCGCUCAGCAGAUGGAAGUGAUGGCAUCCAUGUCCACUCAGUCUCUCAAGAUGGACAUCAAACUGUCACAGCAGGAACUUGAAGCACUUCAUGCCAAGGCAAAGGAGUGCCGAGAUAGAUCGGGCAAGGCUCUGCAAGAUGCGUCCCAUGAAGCUGACGAGGCGAAGGUUAUUGCUACCAAGGCUCAGGGGGAGCUAAAAAAGACAGAGGAAGAAGUGGCGCAAGCGAAGGCUGCUCUGAGCACUGUGGAAUCCAAGCUCGAAGCAGUUCUGAGGGACAUACAGGCAGCGAAAGCGUCCGAGAGGCUGGCGCUCGAUACUCUGACGACGACGACACUGGAGGAGCACAGCAAGGUCGGCGCUCGAUACUCUGAGACGGUCACGCUUGACCUGGAUGAGUACACGUCUCUGGUUCAGAGGUCACGUCAGGCAGAAGAGGCUGCGCACGAGAAGACAACAGCUGCUUCCACCGCAGAGGUUGAGGCGGCAAAGGAGUCCGCGGCGCGCACCAUAUCCAGACUGAACGAGAUCUUGCAGGCCUUGGAAGAGCAGAAGCAGGCACUGGCAGCCGCCACCGAGCGGGCGGGCAGGGCGAGCGAAGGCAAGCUGGCCAUGGAGCAGGAGCUGAGGCAACGGAGAGAGGAGGAGAACGGGAAGCGCCGCCGCAUGGCCAGUGAAGCUCCAAAGCCUGUAACCGGGCCUCGGAGCGCUGCAGAGAUCGCGGGUAGAGUCGACAUGACGUUGACGUGCACGGGCAAAGGAGAUAGUAGCUGUCCCGCCGCGUCGGUCCAUCCGGUGUCGGACGCGUCCGGGACCGGGACCGGGAGGAGCAGCCCCAGCGAUGCGGCCCUGCCAGUGCCAGUGCCAGCGAAGACGAAGAAGGCAAAGAAGCUGCCGUUCUUCACUCGCGUCGUCAUGUUCCUGGGGGGCAGGAGGAGGAGGAGGCUCAGAGCUGCCAGGUGAUUUUCCGUUUCCUUGUGUUCCUUAUCUGUGUGCCCGUGUCGCGUGUGGUGUUUGUCAGUGCUGGGAGCGUGUAAACUUCACUGGUUUUUACUCGAUUGCACGUUGUUCGUGCUGGAUGUGUUCGAAGAUUGUGUGAGAUUGCAUGGGGUGUUCGGUUUGCUGGACAAGACAAGAUGGUUCUGUAACACGGUUGGCUUGGGUUUUUUUUUCUCA